AUGCGUUGUGCCGUUAGCAAUUGUGGCAACAGCAACCGUUGUUCUAACAAGAAGAAUUGGCGCUUCUUUCACUUUCCUAAAAAUGGGCCUCACUUGCAAAAAUGGAUCGAUUUCUGUAUGCGCGAGGACGUCAUAAACACUUCGACAGCAUGCAUUUGCCAGGAACACUUUAGAGCUGAAGAUUUUGAACGUAAUUUAAAAUACGAGCUCGGUUUUACCCGCAUAAAUCCAACCAAACUUAAGCCCGGUUCGUAUCCCACUAUCAGGAGAACUGGUAAGCAAUCGCAACGACACAAAAACCAAACAAAUAGGACACCUGCCAGUCGUAUCGGCAAUUCAGACAACUCCACAGAGUUAUCAGAAAACAUUUAUUGUGAUCCAGCUUCUAUGAUCAGCAAGCAUGCCAAUGUCCAAGAAGAUAUGUUCAAACCAACUGAUGACGACGAUUAUUUGGAAGCAGAUAACAAACAGUCAGACAGAAUAUCGUCAGAAUAUGAUCUUAUAAAUAAUGACCACACAUAUGAGAACUUGAAUAUAGAAAUACUUGAUCCCUCUGAUCCAUGUUUAAAUAUCAACUAUAAUGCCAAAGCCGAUGACAAUAUAGGUGAUACAUAUGUCCGACAUUUGGAAAACGAAGUAAGCGCGCUCAGACGAGAGGUGUUCUUUUUGAAAGACGAGCGCGAAAACCUUCUACGGGAAGUCAAAAGUUUGAGGCAAAUACUGGAACAAACCGGAAAAGUUCCCAAAAUUGUCAAGGUCAUCAAACCUGCUUUAAAGAAUCCGGUGGUGCUUUAUAGGGCAAAUCUUCAAACCAUAAAGAAACUGCGACAAAUUAAUAAAUCAUCCAACUGAAUAUAGCAUUUAAUUUUUAAUUUUUAAUUUUUUUUAAAUAUAAA